AUGUUCAAAUGGUUUAAUAAAAGGGACUAAUAAAAACCUUAAAAAAAUCUCUAAAAACCAUACAACUAACUCUCUAAAGAAUAAGCUUAAGAGAUUCUUUCUAAUUUUCAAUAUAGAACUUUAGCUGAUCUCAUUUAUAAAGAUGAUUCUCAUCCUGAUUUAAAUGUAGAAUAAGAAUAAAAAAAGAAUAUUCAAUUAAAAACUUAAUCUCAUUUAGAUGAAUAAGGGCAUUUGUAUUUCAAAAAAGAAGAACAAUUAUCAUGGGUUGAUGAAGAUUCUAAUUAUGAAGAAGAUGAAAUAGAUAAAUAAAUAUAUGAAUAAAUGUAUGAAGAAAUGCAAUAAGAGUUAAAUCAAAGAGGAGAUAGAGAAUAUUUCAGACCUAUUACUGGUCCUUAAAAUAAUGAGAAUGAUGAAUGGGAAACAGAAAGCGAUGAACAAAAUUGAUUUUUAUAUAUAUUUAUU